CAAGGCUUUGGCGCGCCGCUGAGUGUUGCAGGAGUGGGAACCCGGGUGUCUAGCAGCAGCGUUCGCACGAUGCCCAAGUGGAGCCUGCGGCGGAGGCCGGGCCGCACACUCGGACUCCUGCUGCUGCUGGUCUUGAGCUUCCUGGUGCUCCGCAGGUUGAACUGGAGCUCUCUGGUUCCCCUAUGGCUCCAACGUCCGCGCCUGGGACUUCGAACAAAAGGCUCAAACUUCAUGCUAGAGGACUCCACCUUUCAGAUUCUGGGGGGAUCCAUACACUACUUCCGUGUGCCCAGGGAGUACUGGAGGGACCGCCUGCUCAAACUGAAAGCCUGUGGCUUGAAUACCCUUACCACCUAUGUGCCGUGGAACCUGCAUGAGCCAGAAAGAGGCAAAUUCGACUUCUCUGGGAACCUGGACCUAGAGGCCUUUAUCCAGCUGGCUGCGAAGAUUGGUCUGUGGGUGAUUCUGCGACCAGGCCCCUACAUCUGUAGUGAGAUUGACCUCGGGGGCUUGCCCAGCUGGCUCCUCCAAGACCCUGACAUGAAGCUGAGAACAACUUACCAUGGCUUCACUAAGGCAGUGGAUCUUUACUUUGACCACCUGAUGUCCAGGGUGGUGCCGCUUCAGUAUAAGCAUGGGGGACCCAUCAUUGCCGUGCAAGUGGAGAAUGAAUAUGGUUCCUAUAACAAAGACCGUGCAUACAUGCCUUACAUCAAGAAGGCGUUGGAAGACCGUGGCAUCGUUGAGAUGCUGCUGACCUCAGACAACAAAGAUGGCCUGGAAAAGGGAGUUGUCGAUGGAGUGCUGGCCACCAUCAACUUACAGUCACAGCAGGAGCUGACAGCACUAAACAGUGUUCUCUUGUCUAUACAGGGGAUUCAACCCAAGAUGGUGAUGGAGUACUGGACAGGGUGGUUUGACUCAUGGGGUGGCUCCCACAAUAUCUUGGAUUCCUCUGAGGUCCUGCAAACAGUGUCUGCCAUCAUCAAAGACGGCUCCUCCAUCAACCUGUACAUGUUCCACGGAGGCACAAAUUUUGGCUUCAUCAACGGAGCCAUGCAUUUUAACGACUACAAGGCUGACGUUACCAGCUAUGACUAUGAUGCUAUACUGACAGAGGCUGGAGACUACACUGCCAAAUACACCAAGCUUCGAGAACUCUUUGGAACCUUCUCAGGUGUUCCUCCACCUCCCCCACCUGAGCUUACUGCUAAGAUGGUCUAUGAGCCAAUGAGUCCGUCUUUCUACCUAUCACUGUGGGAUGCUCUCCCGUUCCUGGAUAAGCCAGUCACAUCUGAGAUACCCAUCAACAUGGAGAACCUGCCAGUGAACAAUGGUAACGGGCAGGCCUUUGGGUAUGUUCUGUACGAGACCGCCAUCUUUUCAUCUGGUGUCCUCAGUGGCCUCGUGCGUGACAGAGGACAGGUCUUCUUGAAUAGAGUAUCUGUAGGCUUCCUGGACUAUAAAACAACAAAGAUCACGAUCCCUUUGACCCAGGGUUACACCAUACUGAGGAUCUUGGUGGAGAAUCGUGGGCGAGUCAACUAUGGAAAUAACAUUGACAGUCAGCGCAAAGGUUUAAUUGGAAAUCUCUACCUGAACAAUAAACCCCUGAAAAACUUCAAAAUCUACAGCCUGGACAUGACAAAGCAGUUUCUUCAGAGGUUGGACACAGACAAGUGGAGCGUCGUACCCAAAGAACUUACCUUUCCUGCUUUCUUCCUGGGUGCCUUGUCAGUUGGCAUUUACCCUUCUGACACAUUUCUGAAGCUGGAGGGCUGGGUGAAGGGGGUUGUAUUCGUCAAUGGUCAAAACCUUGGACGCUACUGGAACGUAGGACCUCAGGAGACUCUCUACCUCCCAGGUGUCUGGCUGGACAAAGGACUCAACAAGGUUAUCAUUUUCGAAGAGACAAUGUCAGGUUCCAUCGUACAGUCUACUGACAUCCCCCACCUGGGCAGGAACCAGUAUGUUAACUGAACAGCAGUCCCAGCAGUCCCUGCUGUGGUUGGCAGCUUCCUUCCUUCCUCUCCUGCAGGAGAAGUCGUCAUAACUAGCAACCUCAGGGAAUGAAGGGCUACCGUCAACUCAGACCAAAUUCCUAAGCCUGAGGGGACUGAAGAGAAGACGGGGUAGCACUGUCUGGGAUACACGCAGUGAGAUGUCUUCUCUUCUGGUUUUGUGGAAGGCACUUUCUGCUCCCCUGAUCUUUCAGGGGAGGCCAUAGGACUGUCUCUGAGGGUGGCGUAUAUAGUUAUACAUCACCUCCGAGGAACGAGCUGAACCUGUGUGGGUACAGCCCUCUUCUGGAAGUGCAAGCCUCACUGCCCAGCCUGCUGGUGCUGGCUUGGCUUUUUGACCAUUCCCAGCAGUGUAUGGUCACAUCGUAGACAGUCUCUUUGUGAUCCUAAAUUCAGGGGUUUGUCAUCGCUUGUAGAGUAAAGAGAACAGGGGGUCUUAUAGGAAUCAAGUUUAUUUUUUGACUUUGCACCUUCCAGUUCUGGGGAUCUGGAAGAAACGUGUCUUUUCCUUUUCACUUUGUCUCUUACUACAUGAAUCAGUUGAUAAACCGAGCCUAAGAGAAACAGGCGUGUUCAGUACUUAUCGCCCAUGGUAAGAACUUGGUGUUUCAGCAGAAACCACCUCACACCCAUGCUCUCAGGAAGGGGAUGACAGAAGGCCUAGGGAGGCGGUACUGGGCAGCUGCGCCCCACUGCAGCAGACUCUGGGGUUAGCUACAGCCCACAGGUCUAGCACUGUUCUUGUUUCUAGCUCAGUGAUUAGUUGAACACUCUUCUUCUCCCUUCCUGACCAAACAGCAGGAAGGAGGAAAGGCAGCCUUCUGCCACACAGUCUUAGUUGAGAUUGAAGGCUCUUGUUCAAGGGAUCAAGUGCAAUGGCUUGGCUUGGGCUUGCCCUUCUAAAUUGCAAUACAUUUGAGGCCAACCGUCUUUGUGGAUGUCCCAAGCUUGUCUGUGCCACUCUCAGUCAUGGGAGAAGGUGACCCUUCAGGAUGCGGCUACCGAUGGUACCCGGCUGGCAGGUGACCCAAGCUGCUGGCUCCUUACCACCUUGCCUGAUUUCAAUUCUCCUUGAAAUGGCAUUGCAUUAGGAGCAGUCCAAUCUAAGGCUGGUAGUUAAGAACUUUCUAGAAAGCUAAGCCACAAUGUAUCAGUUAGCUCUAGGAGAUGGUUUCUCUUCCUAAACUACAUCUCACCCGGACUGCUCCAAGUAAUAGUGGAAAUCAGUACGCAUCUGUGAGUGCAGAGCCCAGUGGAGAUGGGUUAGGCAAGAACAGGCAAACGGAGAGGCUUACAGACUGACAGCAUGGCGCCCCGCCCCC